UCUUCCUGAUUUCCAUGUCUCCCGAGAUCACAUUCCCUGACGGUCCGCCGCGGCCCGACGCUGCUCCCUGGGCCGGACUGCCGUGAAUCCCCCAGAGAAUAGGGAAGGAACAGAGACAUGAAGUGUGUGUGUGGGGCUCAGGUUUCUGUGGGGCUCGUGCUAUAUUUAACAGUGCAGUGAUCUCGCUGUGGCCAGAGGCUUUAAAUGCCACCCCGACAGUUGGUGGGGAACAGUUGUUCUUCUCCAGCACGAGCUCGGGGAGGGGACAGCGCUCACACUCACACUCACACUCCCACAGACGCAUACACUCCAACACUCCAGCAGUCAGCGCUCCCUGAUACUCGUGCAGGACCUAAGACAGCGAAGAAGACGAAGAAGAAGAAGAAGUCAUUGGAGUCCUUUUCCAUCCCGCCAGAACCCAGAGACAUGGAGCUUUUCGAGACCAACCCAUACUUCUUUCAGGACCAGCGCUUCUACGAGGGGGGGGACAACUACUUCCCGGGUGCCCGGAUGCCGGGGGGGUUUGAUCAGGGGGGGUACCAGGAGCGGGGCUCCAUGAUGGGGCUGUGCGGGGAUGGCCGGCUGCUGUCGGGCGUGGUGGGGGGGCUGGAGGAUAAGGCAUCCCCCUCCGCGGGCCUGGGGGUCCCCCUGUCGCCCCACCAGGAGCAGCCCCACUGCCCCGGCCAAUGCCUGCCCUGGGCCUGCAAGGUGUGCAAGCGCAAGUCGGUGACGAUGGACCGGCGCAAGGCGGCCACGAUGCGGGAGAAGCGGCGGCUGAAGAAGGUCAACGAGGCCUUCGAGGCGCUGAAGCGCAGCACGCUCAUGAACCCCAACCAGCGCCUGCCCAAGGUGGAGAUCCUGCGCAGCGCCAUCCAGUACAUCGAGCGCCUCCAGGCGCUGGUCAGCUCGCUCAACCAGCAGGACCACGACCAGACCGGCGGCCUGCACUACCGCGCCGCACAGCCACCCAGGGUGUCCUCGUCUAGCGACCAGGGGUCGGGCAGCACCUGCUGCAGCAGCCCGGAGUGGAGCAGCGCCUCGGACCACUGUGCCACCGCGUACACCACCAGCCACGAGGACCUGCUGCAUGAGGACUCGUCAGAGCAGACGAACCUGCGCUCUCUCACUUCCAUCGUUGACAGCAUCACGGACGCCAACACCACUCCCAUUUCCUACCCGCUCGACAUUUCCAAAUAAACCACACGCCACGGGGGGGUGGGGGGGUCAGUCGUAGGGUUAGAGGACCACCACCACUACACCCCUCCUCAAACACACCCAUCCAUCCCAAACAGCAGUACUGCCUAGCGACAUGGGAGGGAGCCAAUGACGAACCUUCAACAUCCAGCCAAUGAGCCGGCGAUAUUUCCAAGCAAACCUUGUGGUCCAUAUAUUUUUUUUCUUCCAAAAGUUGAUCUUUUCUCUUGGGGAGAGUAGGAAAGAGAUGUGUAGAGCUGGAUGAUUUUUUUCCAACCCCAACUUAAUGCAGAUCUGUGUUUUCCUUUUUUAAAAACACUUGUUUUCGUGUUUUUUUUUUCAUUUUAUGUGUGUGUGUGUGUUAUGCUUACCAAAAAGGGGUAAUUUGCGGGGCCAAUACCUUAUUCAGCAGUUUUGACCAAUUUCUGCUUAACUGGACACUAGUCCUGAACUAUUGAUGUAAAUACGUUCCUUUUUCUACAGAGUGGUUUUGCCAUUUUAUUUUGUAUUUGUUGUUUUGCUAAGUUAUUUGGACUUUUAUAAGAAAGAUUGUUGUGUAUUUCUGUAUUUGUUUUCAUUAAGAGAAAAAAUAAAUUAUUGCAAAUAACUUUUAUGUAAAACUUCUGUCAAUUGCACACA